CACACACACACACACUCCAAGCAGCCCAUUUGCUGGAGGGGUGUGCAUGUGCGUGCGAGGGAGUGGAAAGGGGUGGCGGGGAUGGAGGAAGGGAAGCCAGGGGAAAGUCUGACACUCGGCGCAGAAGGAGCGAGACCCUCCGUCGCCGCCGGCGCCGUCGGGGAGGAGCUCGACUCUCUCGCAACGCCUACCAAAACCCAGCCACCGGCCCCGGCCCCGCACCGGGCUCACCCUGCACCUCGCCGCCGCUCCGGCUCCCCGGCAGAGUCCUCCAGCGCUGCCAUGAGCGCGACUCUGCUGGAUGUGUCCAUCACUUGGAGCAGCAGAGCACCUGGCUGGCCUGGGGUGCUUGGUGGAAUGAGAUUAUUCUUCUUUGGCACUGACAACUCCUCUUUUGCUUUGUGCAGUAACACAAAGGGGGGUAAAGCUCCUUGUUUUGCAGCGAAUAUUACAAAACGAAAGUUGUUGCUACUAGAAAGGAAACAUUAAUAAAAUCCUUUUGGUUUGAAAUGGCAAUACUUGUCCAAGAACAAUAGAGAUCAAUGGGGCAAUGUGACCAUCAGCAGAGAGCACUUUGCUGAGAAAGCAGCAGCUCAACCCUGCAUCUGUGGCUCUUACAGAGGUCAUGAAGAUGCAGAGUACAACUUUUGCAAGGAUUUUAGCAUGCCACUUUCUCUUUUUUACUACUUAACUUGCUGAUCUAUGUAAUAGCUAAAGUGAUUUGAUUUUGCUGUUAACCAUUAGUAUGUGAUUUACUAUAAUGUGCAAUAUUUUAAUAGCGUUUUUCAAACUCUCAUUAGUAUAGUUGAUGUGACUUUCAUCUGCUUUCAGUUAGCUCAUUUAGCUUAAUACAGGCCUGAUUCAGAAAAGCACUGGUCAUCGUUUCCUGCAAGGUGUAUAGGGACCAAGGUCAUUCCCAACUAUCUUUCUGAACAAUCUUUCUGAAGAGGAAUUUGGGUAUUUUAAACCAUAAUUAUAGUCUUACUGCCAGACAGAGGUACCCAAAUUCUGCAGAUGUCAUACCUCUUCUUUCUUAAAGUUUCCAAAACAAGUCCUGCUCAGCCUUGAUCAGGCAGAGCAGCUUGGCUUCACUUUUAUUUGAACUUUAUUUUGGCUUGGACAUCCAGACUAGCCUGAGAUCCAGGAACUAAAUUUACUUUCCUUCUUCUUGCCACUGGAUCAGUCCAACAGGGGUUCUCAGGGCUGGGUGAACAGAGUGGUAGGUGCACUGCUGAAGCACAGAGAUGUGCCUCCAAACCAGGCAGAGAGCUUGGAGCCCAAGUCUCCCGCAGAGCGUAUGAAGGCUCUGCCCAUGGCAUGCUUUAACCAGAAAUGGAAAUAGGAGCUUCACUAGAACCCUCUGCCAUGUCUCAAAAGAUAAGAAUGACUGCUCACAGGACAGUCAUCCCAGGAAGACAAAAGUGCCUUCAGUAGUUCUAAGUAAAGUGAAUAAAUCUCAGAAAGAUGGCUGGGCGGGUAGCUGCAGUCAAAGUCCCUUGAAAGGCAAUACCUGCUUUAGAGCUCCUUCUCAAGCACCAACCUCCACCUGCUUCUCUGCAGCUGUUGUGCUGACAGCCUAUUUUAAUUACGCUAGAAUAUAAAAUGGAAAUUCACGUUGUUCACUGUGAAAGAGCCUUUUAAAGUGUUUGAGGAUGCUGCAUUGUUACUACUUAGAGAUUCAAUAAUGAUAAUCAAGCAAGUCAGCACUGUAAGCACCAACGCAUUAUGAAAAGCCAAGCCAAAAAAUGAAACACUCCCCCAAAAACCUGCCCUUACUUUGGUGCUAUCAGGAAAGGUAUGCUCAGCAUCUCUUUCCCUGUUCUAUCACAGAACAAGUGGAGGUGUAACUGUCCCACAAAGUCAGGAUCUUUAUCGUUUAAUUUGCAGAAGGUAAUAUUCACUGGGAGUUGCUCUGUGAGCAUGCUGUCAGCUUAGGGUGUUAAAAAUAAUGAUGUAUUACUGGAUUCUUUGUUAAUCUUUGUUUGGUGUUUACUCUGGUUUUACUUUUUGCUGUUAAAAAUAGAGAAAUUGUGAUCUCAGGUGUCUCUUCACCAUGUACCACUGCAAUGUAGACAUCCCGUUUACCUGAGGCUCUGGAGAGGCUGAUUCAUCAGCCAGUAAUCAGCUGAAUUCCCAGCACAUACCAACAUUUCUUUGGCUAAAACCCCUAGUGCUGGAAUUGGCCACCCAGCCACCUCCAUAGUCUUUGAGGUUUCCUACAUGAGGGAAUCCUUUGGUGCUGGUUACGCAGGAUUUCCCACCGCGCUCUCCUGGCAAGGCAGCCUGUGGGACAGCCAGAGCUAUAUUUGGUCCAUUGUCUUUUUAACACAGGGAAAAUGCUUAAGGGGCAUGCUGAGUGUAGUUAAAUCAAAUAGAUGCGGUGAAUGUGUGAUAUGUUUGUUUUCCUGGCUUUCUGGACUUUUUCCAACUGUGAACAAGCAACAGAGAAGCUCAGAGCAAAGCCAUGUCUGAGAGACAUGCAGUGUGGUGGCUGUAUUUAAACUAUUAAAUUUGGAUUGUUUGAAAUAGCGGAGAGAUAUUUCACCAUACUGCAAAAGAUACAGAAGAGGAGAGCAGAAUGAGAACUUCUCAAGUACCUAAUGCCUGCUGCCUGUUAUCUUUAGCGAUGCUGCUCCUUCCAGUCACUGGAACAUCAAAGCAAACUAUACCAAGACUCAAGCUUUCCUAUAAAGACUUGCUGCUUUCAAACAGCUGCAUCCCAUUCCUAGGAUCUACGGAGGGGCUUGAUUUUCGAACCCUGCUGCUAGAUGAGGAGAGGGGCCGGCUGCUAAUCGGGGCUAAAGACCAUAUCUUCCUGCUUAACUUGGUUGAUUUAAACAAAAAUGUAAAAAAGAUUUACUGGCCUGCAGCAAAAGAAAAGGUGGAGUUAUGCAAAUUAGCUGGGAAAGAUGCCCAUACAGAAUGUGCCAAUUUUAUCAGGGUUCUUCAGCCCUACAACCGAACCCAUGUUUACGUGUGUGGCACAGGAGCAUUUCACCCUCUCUGUGGAUACAUUGAACUUGGCACUCACAAAGAGGAGACAAUAUUCAGACUGGAUACUCAGAACUUGGAGUCGGGCAGGUUGAAAUGCCCCUUUGAUCCUCAGCAGCCGUUUGCAUCUGUGAUGGCAGAUGAGUAUCUUUAUGCUGGAACAGCUUCUGAUUUUCUUGGCAAAGACACGGCUCUAACACGUUCCCUGGGCCCUUCUCACGACCACCAUUACAUCAGAACUGACAUUUCUGAACAUUACUGGCUUACUGGAGCAAAGUUCAUUGGAACUUUUCCCAUCCCAGAUACCUAUAACCCAGAUGAUGACAAAAUCUACUUCUUUUUCCGAGAAAUAUCGCAAGAUAGUGGCACAUCUGACAAGACAAUUCUUUCUCGAGUUGGAAGAGUUUGUAAGAAUGAUAUGGGAGGUCAACGGAGCCUAAUAAACAAGUGGACUACUUUUCUGAAAGCCAGGCUUGUGUGCUCAAUACCUGGUCCUGAAGGAGCAGACACACAUUUUGAUGAGCUGCAAGAUAUAUUCCUGCUUUCUACCAGAGAUGAGAGAAACCCUCUUGUAUAUGGAGUCUUCACUACAACAAGCUCCGUCUUCAAGGGCUCUGCAGUUUGUGUGUACAGCAUGGCAGAUAUCAGAGCUGUUUUCAAUGGUCCCUAUGCUCACAAAGAGAGUGUGGAUCAUCGAUGGGUGCAGUAUGAAGGUCGUAUCCCAUAUCCCAGACCUGGUACAUGUCCAAGCAAAACCUACGAUCCACUCAUAAAAUCUACAAGAGACUUUCCUGAUGAAGUCAUUAGCUUUAUAAAACGCCAUCCUCUGAUGUACAAAUCCGUUUACCCGGUGACGGGAGGACCAGUAUUCACUCGGAUCAACGUGGACUAUCGGUUGACGCAGAUUGUGGUGGAUCAUGUCAUGGCAGAGGAUGGGCAAUAUGAUGUUAUUUUCCUAGGAACAGAUGUAGGCACAGUCCUGAAGGUUGUGAGUAUCACAAAGGAGAAGUGGACUAAGGAGGAGGUGGUCCUGGAAGAGCUGCAGAUAUACAAGCACCCAUCAUUUAUCUCGACUAUGGAGAUUUCUCAGAAGCAGCAGCAAUUGUACAUUGGUUCCAGGGAUGGAUUGGUUCAGCUCUCUCUGCACAGAUGUCACACGUAUGGGAAGGCUUGUGCAGACUGCUGCCUUGCCAGAGACCCAUACUGUGCCUGGGAUGGAAACUCCUGUUCCAGAUACGCCCCCACUUCUAAAAGGCGAGCCAGAAGGCAAGAUGUCAAAUAUGGAGACCCUGUCGCACAAUGCUGGGAUGUGGAAGACAGCAUUAGUCAUGAAACUGCUGAUGAAAAGGUGAUUUUUGGCAUUGAAUUUAAUUCAACUUUUCUGGAAUGUAUUCCUAAGUCCCAGCAAGCCUCUAUUAGGUGGUACAUUCAACGCUCUGGAGAAGAACAUCGAGAAGAGCUGAAGGCAGACGAAAGGAUCAUCAAAACCGAGCACGGGCUGCUGAUACGCAGCUUGCAAAGACGGGAUGCGGGAGCCUAUUUCUGCAAAGCCCAGGAACACACCUUUGUCCACACCAUCGUAAAGCUGAAUUUAAACGUCAUUGAGAAUGGGCAAAUGGAAAGCACUCAGAAAACUGAGGACGAGGAGGGCCGGGUGAGGGAUUUGCUGACAGAGUCCCGGCUGCGGUACAAGGACUACAUCCAGCUCGUCAGCAGCCCCAGCUUUAGCCUGGAUGAGUACUGUGAACAGAUGUGGCACCGGGAGAAACGGCGGCAGCGAAACAAAGGUGGUGCCAAAUGGAAGCAUGUGCAGGAGAUGAAAAAAAAGCGAAACCGAAGGCACCAUGAGCCGGCCAGGCCACCAUCUACGUAGUUUGCAAACACUGUUUAAAGGACAUUUUCCACAAAAAAGAAAAAAUACUGUGUUUUGUUGUUGUGCAUCUUGCCUAUGAAUUAGUACUGCUUCUUAUUGAAAUCAGUUAGCUCACCAUCACUAUUAAUCUGUACAAGACUGUACAAUGGGAUUUGAUACCAAAUGAGAUGUUCCUUAUCGGAGUACCACACGCCAGGCAAUAAUUUUGAAUGCAUUCAUUAAAAAGAAAAGAUGUACACUUUUAGCUAAUUUCUGGGUAGCCUGAGGCUACGCGAGCUGUGUUCUGUACUUCCUGCAUAAUUUUCACAUAGGAUUUAGCGUCCGUGUUCCCAUGUUAAUAUUUACUGCCAUGUUCCACCCCAGAGGUGGCUCCAUUUCAGGGGAGGGCAGAUGUAUACAUAGUUCUUUGGCAUCUUUCUGAAAAAGAAGCACGGUAGAAAUGUGUGACAGAUCUGCAAAAAUACCCACUAAUUUACCCACUGGGCUUGUAUACAGGCACAUGGGUGGGGUUUGCUAGCACAGAGAGGCUCAGCGAAAAAUCAAAUUAAGUACUGGCUUAGGGACAACAUUGAUUUUCCCCAUUAAAAAAAAAAAAAAAAAGAGAGAGAGAGAGAGAAAGCAUAAUCAUAGUUUAAGAGAGGGAAAUUAUCAACACUUAUUCAUUAGAGUUUGAUAGCCACCAGUUUGCAGUCCAUCUGCUGAAAUGAAAUGUUCACUCUAAUUGAAACUGCCACUGAGAUGCUUGGGAGUAAAUUUCCUAAGUGGUGUGUGGGAGGUAUGUGCACAAAUCCUAUUAACAAAUAAUGGGAUUCUUGCCUGCACCUCUCCUGUUCCUCAGCGUGUUUUACUCUGGCUGUUUCCCUGGCCCUUUGCUAGCCUUAUUUUAUGCAGAGGAAAAGAAAAAUAAAAGACAACAAGAAAGCUAAAACAAAAGACGAUGAGGGAAGAUAUUUAGUGGCUGAGACCAGUGCUCUUGACACAGAGCUGACAUUCCUCAGAUAUGUGUAUUCUUUGGGAUUUUCUCCCAAAGGUCUUAUGUAUUUUUAAGUUGAAAAUUUGCGUUGUUGGAAUUAAUACUUUUAUUAUAAAUAAAUAAAACAAAAGAUGUCCAUGUGUAAAUAAAACUUCUAAGUUAGAAAUUUGCUAUAUACCAUGAUUCCAUUUGUAAAGUGCUCCUUGUUCCUCAGUUCAUAUUUUGGUUGUAGGAGUGUAAAUCUUUUCAUAUAAGCAGGAAACCCUGGACUCAUUCUUGUCUAUUUGACAUCAGUAUGAUUUCAUUGAACUUAUUCCUGAUAUGCAGCAACAAACACAAGCUCAAAAUCAGGCCUACUGUCUCUUCUCAUGAGUCACAGCCCUUUUUUCUUCUCUUCCAGCUAACGUCCUCCGUUUUGCCUUUCAUGCCUUUUUGACUGUGAAAUGACAAAUUAGCCACUUCCUCACAUGGAAGAGAGCUUUGAUGGAUACCAAAAUGACAGACUUUACUAGUUUCUCAUGCAUUCUACAGAUCGGGAGAGCAAAGUCUGUGAGAAAUCCAUGUAAUUGGUGUGCACCUCAUUAAGGAACUAAGAGCAUUGCUUCAGAAAGUUGUAGAUUUGCCCUUACCCAUGCUGGUGUUUGUGUGCACAUUCAGUCCUGGGUUGAUAACUGUGUAGCUACCAUUUUCAUCACUGUUCAUUUCCUUUCUGUUGUAAGUCAGAUACAGCAAUGUGUAUGUCAGACUUCAGAAAGGGAACUCAACUUACCCACGCUUCCUGUAAAAAACAAAAGCUGAGUUUGCAUGUAUUGUAUAAAAGCCAGCAAUACCAUAUGUCAUUAAUUUUAGAUUUUUUUAUUUUUUAUUUUUAAAUAGGAGAUGUAUGAGUUAAUUAGGAAAUAUCAGAUGGCAUGCAUACAAUGCUUUGAUAGUGUAAAGCACUGAGUGCUAGAUAUUAUAAGCUCUGUGGGGAGGAGGGAAUUUCUCAGCACAGGACCUUUAAUCAGCAGAGAGACUGAUGCUGAAGACACUAACCAGCAGUACAGUACUUUGAGCACCCGCCGAGAACUUUUUUUUGCCAUUUUUGCUGCAAAAUAACUUAGGCCAGACAUUUCACAGGAGACUCAUCAUUUUGAGUACCUUGAUUUUAAGGCCCAUUAAGACUACUUAAAGGAGGUUUUUGGGGGGUAUUAAACUACUAAAUGUAAAGCAUGUAAAUGUGAAAGUACUGGGGUACUGAAUAUUCUUGGCUGGAAGGUUGUACUGUCAUCAUACAGAACCUGCUCAGUUAUUCCUUAUUAGAUUUUUAUCAGUCCAUAAAGUCCCAUUUCUCUUACUUGGGUAUUAAGUAAAUGAGUGGAAUCACAGCAAGGCUGUGGUCUACAUUCACAUGCACUGACAAAGGGCCUACUCUUCUCACCAGUGGUGACACAGUAUUUUAAUUUUAGAAAACUGUCAUCUCAUGUUUGCCUAGAAGCAAAUCAGUUCUUCUAUUUUUUUUCCAUCCUUCAUGAAAACUAAAUUACUUGAUUUAUGUUUAGAUAUAACUGAGGGUAUGUAUUCUACGAAUGAACCCUCCCCCCACUGACUUUAGUAGAAGUCUUGAAUGACUAAGGGUCUCAGUGCUGGGAGCAUUAGAUUUAAAUGGUUGAAUUAAAAUGUUAUUACUCUAAAAAAA